AAAAAAAAAAAAAAAUACUUACAGUGGCGGUAUAAGAAUGGAGGAGUGAGAAGUAGAUGCUAACAAAAUACACAGUUCCAAAAAUGUUUAGGAUUUUGGUGAAGAGAGCUCAUGCAACAGCAACUUCAACAACAACAGUAAAAUCUUGUUGUAAUUUUACUGUAAGAAGAGAGUUUAGUUUACUAGGAGUUUUACAGGAUGGAGUAGACAAGAAAUCUGAUUCAUUUCAACGUAAUUCUGAUUCUAUGAAACAAAUACUUUCAGAACUUCAAAAUCAUAUUAAUAAGGUUUUGAUUGGUGGUGGUUCAGAAGCUGUAAAGAGGAAUAAGAGCCGGAAUAAGCUUUUACCUAGAGAAAGAAUUCAGCACUUGAUUGAUCCUGGUUCAUCCUUUCUUGAGCUAUCUCAGCUUGCAGGCCAUGAGUUAUAUGAUGAAGCAUUACCAUCUGGGGGGAUAAUCACUGGAAUAGGCCCAGUGCAUGGUCGUCUCUGCGUAUUUGUGGCUAAUGACCCUACUGUAAAGGGUGGUACAUAUUACCCUAUUACUGUUAAGAAACAUCUCAGGGCACAAGAGAUUGCUGCUCAGUGUAACUUGCCGUGCUUAUAUCUUGUUGACAGCGGUGGUGCUAACCUCCCAAGGCAAGCUGAAGUCUUCCCUGACAAGGAUAAUUUUGGUAGAAUAUUUUAUAACCAAGCACAAAUGUCUUCUGAAGGUAUUCCUCAGAUUGCUAUAGUUUUGGGUUCUUGUACAGCCGGAGGUGCAUAUAUACCUGCAAUGGCUGAUGAAAGUGUGAUAGUCAAAGGCAAUGGAACCAUAUUUCUAGCUGGACCUCCUCUCGUGAAGGCUGCCACUGGGGAGGAGGUAUCUGUAGAAGAUUUAGGAGGUGCAGCGAUGCAUUGUACUGUGUCAGGGGUUUCAGAUUAUUUUGCUGAAGAUGAACUGCACGGACUUGCUAUUGGGCGAAACAUAAUCAAGAAUUUGCACAUGGCUGGGAAACAAGGAAUGAUGGGCGAAUCACCAAGUGCUGUUUCUGAAUACAAAGAGCCGUUAUAUGAUACAAAUGAUUUACGUUCUAUUGCACCGAUAGACCAGAAACAGCCUUUUGAUGUAAGGUCAAUUAUUGCUCGUAUAGUUGAUGGAAGUGAAUUUGACGAAUUCAAGAAGUUGUAUGGCCCGACUCUUGUUACAGGUUUUGCAAAGAUCCAUGGGCAACCGGUAGGAAUUAUUGGAAAUAAUGGCAUAUUAUUUACCGAAUCAGCACUGAAAGGAGCCCACUUCAUCGAACUGUGUGCUCAGCGUAACAUUCCUUUGAUCUUUCUUCAGAAUAUCACUGGAUUUAUGGUUGGUUCAAGAUCUGAAGCUAACGGUAUCGCUAAAGCUGGAGCAAAGAUGGUUAUGGCAGUUUCUUGUGCAAAGGUUCCCAAAAUAACAAUAAUUGUUGGUGGAAGCUUUGGAGCUGGGAAUUACGGAAUGUGUGGCCGUGCUUAUAGUCCGAAUUUCUUGUUCCUUUGGCCCACUGCAAGAAUAUCUGUGAUGGGUGGCCCUCAGGCUGCUGGUGUGCUGGCACAAAUCGAGAAGAGCAACAAGAAAAAGAAAGGGUUGGAGUGGUGUAGUGAAGAAGAGGAGAAGUUCAAGAAUAGAGUUGUGGAAGCAUACGAAAGAGAAGGAAGCCCAUAUUAUUCUACAGCAAGGCUUUGGGAUGAUGGCAUCAUAGACCCUGCCGACACAAGAAAGGUUCUAGGCCUCUGCCUGUCUGCUUCUGUGAAGAAUGUUCCCGAGGAAACUAAGUAUGGAGUCUUUAGAAUGUAAAAACAAGUGUAACCUUAAAAACUUGAUUUCUGCAAUACUUCAGGUCACAUUAACAAGAACAUGGACAAUUUGUAGUUAAGAGUAAAUAAUUAAUAUACUACAGUAACAAAAUAGGUUUAAAGCA